GUCAAUUUGAAGUGUGAACAUCGUGAACGUACAAUCCUGUGCUCAUCAUGACUGGAAGAGGAAAGGGAGGAAAAGGUCUGGGUAAAGGAGGAGCCAAGCGUCACCGAAAAGUGCUGCGGGAUAACAUCCAGGGCAUUACCAAGCCCGCCAUCCGCCGUUUGGCUCGGCGCGGAGGAGUGAAACGUAUCUCCGGUCUCAUCUACGAGGAAACCCGUGGCGUCCUGAAAGUAUUUCUGGAGAAUGUGAUUCGUGAUGCGGUCACUUACACUGAACACGCCAAGCGUAAGACCGUCACCGCUAUGGAUGUGGUGUAUGCUCUGAAGCGUCAGGGCCGCACUCUGUACGGUUUUGGAGGCUAAAUUUAUCUCUAUAAAACUUCCAUGUGGAGUCUCAAAUCAAACGGUCCUUUUCAGGACCACAAUACAUUACUCAAGAGCUGUGUCUUUCGCAACAUUAAAAUGUUUUAUUUGAGAGAAAAAAUGU